AUGCAAAGUCACCUGCUGUUGGUGGUGCUGCUUGUUGCGAUUGCCCUUUCCCCCAUAUGUGCACAUAAAGGGGAGGCAACCGCCAAGUACAGCUACAUAACCAGCAGAAGCAACGUACGAAUGAACGGAUUAAGAAAUUUUAAAAAGUGCAAAACGAAGUUGCUCCUUUCACCUGGUGAACACAACCAACACGGGAUCAGCAUCCCGUCCAUGUUACUCUCCAAAAGAAUCAUCUUCCUGUCAUCCCCAGUGUAUCCCCACAUAUCCGAGCAAAUAAUCUCACAGCUCCUCUACCUGGAGUAUGAGUCCAAAAGAAAACCAAUCCAUUUAUACAUUAACAGUACGGGUGAUUUAGAAAACAAUAAAAUUAUAAACCUUAAUGGAAUCACAGAUGUCAUAUCGAUCAUCGAUGUGAUAGAAUACAUUUCGUCUGAUGUGUACACAUACUGUUUGGGAAAGGCGUAUGGUAUUUCCUGCAUUUUGGCUAGCAGUGGAAAAAAGGGGUUCCGAUUUUCCCUCAAAAAUUCGUCCUUCUGCUUGAACCAAUCCUACUCGGUUAUCCCAUUCAACCAAGCCACCAACAUUGAAAUACAGAACAAGGAAAUUAUGAAUACGAAAAGGAAGAUCGUGGAGAUUAUUGCUAACAACACGGGGAAGGAGAAGAGUCACAUCGAGCAAAUUUUGGAGAGGGACAGAUACUUCAGCGCUACGGAGGCUGUGGAGUUCAACCUGGUGGACCAUAUCCUCGAGAAGGAACACAUUACAAACGUGACCGUCUUACCCCCGCCCCCGGAAAAGAUGCUCGCAAAAAGGCUUCUUCUAAGCGCGCGCUCAUCGCCGAACAUUGCCAAGUACAACUCGCUCAAGAAAAGAGGGUCAAUCGCCUGGACCAGGAAACUCUCCUCCUCGCGCGAACGAAACACCAAUUUUGACAAAAAAAAAGCACAAAAUGGGAAGAAAGAUAUCAAGUCGAUUGACCACCCGGUAGACGAAAAACCAUCUAACUCUCACCAGCGCGAUGGAGGGUCAGAAGGAGUAGUCUCCCACUUGGUAAGCAAAAAUGGAAAGAAACAAAUGGUAGGGGAACUGCCCAAGUUAGUGCUUACAAUUUUGCAGGAAAAAUCAUCCCCACAGUCAGAAAAAAAAAUGCUAAUAGAUCAGUACAAACAAAUUGUAUGUGAACGUUUGGAAGGGGGAUCACAGAAUAGUGCUGACAAAAAGGACGCCCUCAAUUUUGGGGACAUUUUUGCCACCCUGUAUUUGUGUUACGUGGAAAAGAUAUUCGACUUGGACUUCGUGACAAAAGUGAAUGCCGCGCUGGAAGUGCUGCUCAGGGGGGUGGGUAACAGAAACGAUCAAAGCGAUCAUCGUGGUAAACGUGGUGAAUGUGAGAAAGACGUGCUGAAUGAAGCCACAAUGAACCACUGCAUAAUGAUGUUCCACUACUUAUCCUCUUUAAAUGUAAAAAAUGUAACAUUGUGCAACCAGGUGAGAGACUAUAUUGUAAACAACGAGGUGCCCCCCCUGGUCAUCUACCAUUACCUGGAAUGCCUCAGCCUGCUAGCCGACUCGACCGACAGAAAAGGCAAAAGUAGUCUGCGCGAUUACGUUGUGCCCGUCGUAGAAAUCUUCCUGGAAAACUUUUACAACUUCAACAAUUACCUUGUGUUGUGCAUUCUGCAUUUUCUACAUAAACUGAGCUUUAUGGACGCAGAACUGUUUCUCCUGCUGACAAGGAAGAUAAAUAAAAAUGUGUAUCGGGAGAAUGCGAACCGCUUUGAGUUGUGCUUGCUGGCGCGUACAUACGCGCGGUACAAAAAGGAAAACAUCACUUUUAAUAAUUACCUGUGUGAAGAUUUGUUGCGCAGCUUGACCAAGUAUGAGGAUAACAUUCAGAGCGACGAGGAUAGCCCCGUUAGCAGUGCGCAUAGCAGCCAAGUUAGGAACCAAGAUAGCAGCACUCUUGACGAUUUUUCCCCCUCGCUGGAAAGCCAACCCGGGAACGCCCCCGACGUGAUCGAAAUUGAAAACGUGAACCGGCAGAACUACCCCCUGUUCAAGCACCCCCUGUACAACGACGGGUUGAACUUCUACGUCUUCUUCGUUGACGCCAAGACAACCAACAGGGAGAAAUGCUUUGAACGGAAAAAUAAUUUAAACUUGACUUUUGUAAACGAUAAUGCUAAGGAGGAAGGGCCCCAAGAAACCAGUGCACGUAUGUCCGAGUGGCACAAGCUAUUCCUCUACGAUGAGUACAAAGAGAAGGAUAUAAAAAACGAACCAUUCGUUAAAUUGGAGGACACGCAAAAGGGGGAUCGACAAAUGGUUGAAGCGUACAAUCAGUCUUUAGCAGAAAAUCUGCACUUUCAAUUUAGCCAUAAGAAAAUUGCACAACUGUUUGAACAGGUGAGCGAACAUAUGGAUAACAUGAAAGUUGACCUAGCGACCGAUGUGGAGGCACCCACAGAAAUGAAUGAAGAAGCUGUUCACCAGUACAGGAAAAAAAUUCUUUAUAUUGAAAAUUAUUACAUUGGUCAUAUAUUUCACAUAGUAGACUCUUUGCUAGCUUUGAAGGCACACCACAAUUGCGCCACAUUCAAAAAAAUGGAAAAUAAAAUUCUGAAUGCCAUAAAAAAUAAUGAACUGUACAUAAUUGACAAUUUUGACAGCGACGAAAUUAAAAGCCUCUUAAUUUUUUUAUCACACACAAAUAGGAAUUACAAAGAGGCAUUUAUUUACGGCCUGACGCAUCGAAUGGUGGAUCUGUAUAUUAAUAACCUGUGCCAGCCCAGCACAUUGUCCACAUUUUUUUAUUUUUUGUUGAAUUUUACAAAGCACAGAGUUGUUAAGAAGAACAGAUUUAACCACACCAUAAGGAAUGUCGUAUAUAAUAGCUAUUCCUGGUUGAAUGACAAUAAAAGCGUUUUAAAUCUGACCGCGGGUAUCGAUGCGACGAACGGGGAGGAAAAAGAAAACAGUGACACACGUCGCGUUAUCAAAGCGAAAAAUUACUCCCUGCUCCAAGUUCUCUCCAUGCAUGUGUGCAAAAAUGUCUAUUUUAUGAGCCUCUCAACGCUAGCCUCCCUACUCAGAUCAAUGUCCUACUUGUUCUUCAACGAUGCUAAUUUUUUUAAUGUGUUCAUCCCUUUAUUUAUGAAGCACAUGGCGGAUCUGAGCAACGUAGAUAUUUUGAACAUAACUCAGGCCUACAACAAGCAAAAGAUUCAAAACAAAUAUUUCUACUACUUGCUGGCAAAGCAGUACCAGAGCAACCGUUCGGAGGAAACGAAAAAUGCUGACCAGAAAAUUAGGCUAAUUGGCUAG